AUGUCUUCCAUGCGUAAUCGUAUGUUUGAAUCCGUGCAUGGACCGUCGUCUAGAACGCCACGGCGUGCAGGAUAUAAUUUCAGCUCACCACUCUAUAGGAGAUCAUAUCAUGGUUCAGCUACACCGACACCUAGAUCUAACAAUGUCACCGCGCAUUUCCACAGUUUUGAAUAUCCUACAUCUACUGAUAGGCAUAAUUCUGGUACACAUAGAUACCGCUCCGUAACACCGCCGCCAUACUUUGAAAGCAUAAGUGAGCCGGCUUUUUCCCACGAUGUGCGUCAAUCCGGUUCGAUUAGGAACAUUGAAUUACCGCCGCCAACGAGAACAAAUGAUAACAUCCGGAAUUAUGACAGCUUCAGAACAUCGACUUACUCCGUCAGACCCACUAGCACUAUAAACAAUAGGGUCAUUCCGGACGUUAUCAGGACAUCGACUCAUUCCGUAAGACCGGCAGAUACAGCGUUAUAUAGAAGCAACAGUCUUCCCAGAAACCCCCGUGCUUAUGGACGUAUGACUGGUUCACGUUACGGAGAAGAUUCUCUUUCUCCUGAGACUGGACACACGAUACCUUCAAGGAACAGGAGUUUCUCACCAACUGGACGAAACAACUGGACAGUAUCAAGGCACACCAGUAAUCGCAGUGUACCGAUAACGAACAUAGUAAACAAUAAUCGCGAUAUCAGACGAGAUCGAUACAUAUCACCGGGGACCACGGUAUCAGAUAUUCGCUAUAGCAGUGCAGGUCCGAAUGCAGUAACUCCCAUACACAUGUUAAAUGGCACAGGUCCGGUGACAUGGACUCCAGAGAACAGGGUUCAUUUUCCGGAAGCAAGUUUCGACUACGAAUUACCGCAGCCAGUCACCUACUUUACUUACAGCGAUGAUGAAGAAGAUGGAAGGAACUACAGAGAGAACAGGAACUGUAAGUAUCAUUUCUUUGUACAUUUGAAAUAG